UAGAUGCACCCAGGACGUCUCAUUCACCAAUUCGUUCAUUCUUUUCUCACACCAAAAAUUAGAUACCAAUCUCUAGUCUUCUAAUUCUGCAUCUUUAAGCAAGGAGGAGAAGAAGCCAUGCAAUACAUCAAGAUCCUAGUCGCCAUCCACCCUUGUGUCAUCCCUAGAAGACUGCUUGCUUUCAAAGAUCUUCAGUUCUUUGUGUAAUACCCCGAAAAUCCAAUUUAUUUUCCAAUGACAUUUUUGAAUGAUUUCGAGGUCAUGGGAGAUUGUACGAAGCUUGGAGAAGUGUGAAAUUGUUCGAUCGAUGUUAUUUCGAAAUCGUACGUAUUUAGGGGCGUCUCAAAAAUCGACUUUUUAUACGUACAAAAUUUGGGAAAACUUCCUUCAUGAAAGUUGUAGAGCUCGUCGAUACGAUCACGUGCAUAUGCGGAACACAAAAUCGGAGUUCGUAUGAAUUAGUUAUGAUUUUUUGAAAAUAUUUCCAUUUUUAUAUAAGGCUUCCUUUUUGGGAAAUUUCCAAAAUAAUCAUUCAGCUUUCCAAAAUUGGAAAGCCCGUUUCUCUCUCUCUCCGCCCGCGUCCGACCGGAACGAAAACAGAGCACGGAGGCUCCGGCCGAGUUCUCCUAGCUCCGGCCACCGUUUGCCUCCAAACCACCUCCAUCAGCUCCAACUCCCUCCUCCGAAGCCAUCUGUGGCAACCUUCCACGGCGGCGUGGACCCUAGCGGCGGCGGCGGCCCGGUUUCGAUUAAAGCUCGAUUUUGGUCAACGCCGGUUUUCUCCUAGCUCCGGCCACCAAAACUUCCGAUCCUUGGCUCCAUGAACUCCCCUCAACCUGCUGAUCAUCAUACUAGGAGGAUUGCACCUAGAGUGACCGGUUUCACGUUCGUCGGAGCUCGUGGGUUUUACUUGAUGUUCUUAAAAACUCUCUAGAAGGAAUCGAGGCCUGAAAUUGAAGUUUUUAAGUCGAAAAUCGAGUUGGUCGGUUUCUGCAAAUUUCCGCCGAAUUCUGGAAAAUCCCGGCCAUCUUCAUACAGUUCAAGGUGACUGAUGGUUUGAGUUGAUGGACGAUUGUGGAUCGUAUUGUGAGCGGUUUUGGUGUGUAUUGUGAGAUUGAAGACGCAGCGGGAUUAGAGUGGGGAAUGUAUAGAGUGUUGGGAUGUAGUGCUCUGAGGACUGGGAGUCCGAAGAACGCCGGUUAAUUGAUAACCGAGAUGUAGUGCUCUGAGGACUGGGAGUCCGAAGAACGCCGGUUAAAUAAUAACCGAGAUGACAGCGGGAAGUCUUGCAGGUUAGGAGAAUCAGGGCGGUGACCGUGCGGGUUAGAGUAAUUGUUGUAGUUUUACAAUGAUUGUAAUAGUGAGGGUUAAAUUGUGUACUACUUUUAGCAUGUCACGUACCUUAUGUAAUGUUAUCAAAAUUUUCCCUUUGGAUUACUACUCACACUCCUUUGUGUGUUUAAGUUCAAACAGAAGCAGAGUGUAAAUGGUAACUUUAGGAAGAAUAAAAAAUGUGAAUAUCACCUCCCUUUUAGAUAUUCCUUCAUAAAGAAAAAUGACGUUGCUUACUUGAAGGACUGAUGUACACUCUAGUUAUACCUUGCCAAACGAACUGAUAAAGUAAUUAAAGGUAUUCGUUUAUCAUGUUUAUUCUUUUCUUGAUCGACCUGCCCAUGCCAUAAUGCGUUCCUUGAUACACUCACUAGAUCAGCUUCAACCAUACUUAAAGAACUUAUAUAUAUAUAUGUGUGUGUGUGUGUUACAAACUAACCAUAUAUAUCUACUUGAUCAACUUAAACUUCAGUAGUUCUGUUCCAGAGUUUGUUCCAAGGGAUUUUCUGCAUCUUCAUUUCCCAAAUUCCCCUCCUUUUAAUCCAAUCAUCUGUAGAAGAAACCCUAUUCGAAACUAAGCCAUCCAGAACUUUGUGGUAUAAUUAAGGAAGCUUCCAAGCUAUGGCCGGCCGCGCUAAACAAAGAGACGGUGAAAGAGAAUUAUCAAAGAACCCUACUUCAUUUGGUGUACCUCUAACAGUCUGCGCAAUAAUAAUGGUUGUUUUUCCACCAUUACAACUACUGGAUGAUUCCAAUCAUGAUGGAUUAUUAUUUGCCGUAUCAUCUAUGCUGUAUUUGUUACUGGAUCCUCUGUUUCUGUAUGCUCCUCUUAUCAACGAGAACACCAAGUGUCUCGUGUUGGACAACAGAGUGAAGAUAGCAGCUCUUUUUUUUCGAUCAUUGGGAGAUGUUCGUUAUCUAAUCAGAAUAUAUCUUCUCAUUAAGGAAGGCUGGGGGAAGUCCCCUUCCCGUAGGAAAAUGCUGAGGCUAGCAAGUGACACGGUGUCUAUUCUUCCUAUUCCUCAAGUUGCAAUUUUAAUUUUUCUUCCAAAGAUGAGGGGCUCCAACUCUUUGAAGACAAUGACGUUUCUCAACUCCCUUAUUGCAUCGCAAUAUUUUCCCCGAAUUUUCCCCAUCUUUGUAUUGUUUAAGGAAAUUAACACGGCAAGAAUUGGUGAUAGGAGAGACAGGUUCACAAAAUGGUCCUCAAUUGUCGUCAACAAUCCAAAGUGGUCGUCAAUCGUCGUCAAUAUGUUUGGGUACAUUAUUGCCAGCCAUAUGUUCGGAGCAUUUUGGUAUUUUUUCACCAUCCAAAGAGAGAUAGAGUGUUGGGGACAUGCUUGCAGAAUUGAAGAUGGAUGUGAAUUUAGUACUUCAUGUGUUCAAAAUACAUACAGAAAUCUCACACUUUUAGAGAACUCGUGCCCUGCAAAUCCCCCAAAUAAACAAGUAUUCGAUUUUGGCGUAUUUCAUGAUGCUCUACAAUCCGGCAUGCAAAAAUCAACAAAUUUUCCACAAAAGUUUUUGCAAUGUUUAUCGUGGGGCAUACGAAAUAUGAGUUCUUUUGGUUCGAACCUCAGUGCCACCAGUGCAAAUGGAGGGGAAAACUUGCUUGUGGUUCUCUUUUCAAUAUUUGGCUUGGUACUAUUUAUGUAUCUCUUGGGGCAUACGCAGACAUUUAUGCAGAAAGUUAGCAAAUCAGAUACUAUCCUACAGAAGAUGGAAAUGACUAUAGAACCAAAAAUACGUUCCAUAUUAUCUGAAUAUGGCCUGUCUAAUGGAAUGGAGAGGAAAAUCAACCUGGCGGUGAAACAAAAUCUUAAAGAAGAUGAAAAUUAUAUUGUGGAGAAUAUGUUUUCAAUUCUUUCCUUAAAAGAAGCCAAAACUUUUGCUGUGGAGAUCAAGUGCACUCUCUUUUUGGAUAAGCUCAAGAAAGUCGAGGGGCUUAAACGUAAGGACGAUUUGGUAUUGAAGAAAAUCUGUGAACAUCUUAAGCCAGCAAUCUAUAGUGAGAGCAGUUAUAUAAUUCGGGAAGGGGAGCCACUUGAUUUGAUGUUCUUCCUCACACAGGGCAUUGUACUCAUCUAUAAUUCAUGUGGUUCCUCAAGAACUGUCCAAGCUGAGAAAGAGAAAAGUGGUUUGUAUGGAAAAGAGCUUUUAAUUUGGGCCGAAGAAUCUUCCACACAUCUGUCCACCUUACCUUUCUCAACUGCAACUAUUAAAUCCCACAACAAAGUUGAAGUCUUUACUAUCAAGGCCACCGAUUUACAGCGUGUUGUGUCCCAAAAUCAUCUCAAUGUGGAUUGUACUCUCACCGAGAUACAUAGUUGUUGACAGUAGUCAUAGAGAUGUUCU